GGGAAAGCGAGGGAGAGGCCGCGCUGCCGGGAUCCUCAGGCGAGCCGCCCGCUCUGGCCCCGUGCCACGGAGAGGAGGGGCAGCGGAUCCCCAGAGCCCAUUAAAAAGCCAGGCUUAGCCGAAGAAAACACCUCCAUAGAAGGAAGGAAGGAAGGCAGGCAGGCAAGCAAGCAGGCAAGCAGCAGGAGCAGAACCAGAAGCUGGGAAGGAGCCGGAGCUUCUGCUGCCACAUUCUGCGUGGCUCCUCGUCUGUCUCCCGCCGGCAGGACUCCCUUCCUUGGCGCCUUCCACUCCAAGCAGAGGCCAAACUUUGGGGAGCACGAGUGGGAGCGAGUGUGUGCCUGGAUGAGGCAGCAGGAGCCCUGAGCAGCGCCCUCUCCCUCUCCCUCUCCCUCUCUCUCCAGCCCCGCCGUUUGCUCUCUCUCUCUCUCUCUCUCAAGCUCGCCGUCCCUCCCUCCGUUUUUCCUGCCUUCCUUCCUCUUCCUUCCCUCCCUCUUCUGCCUGCCUUCCUUCCGCCAAGAUGAGUGCUGGGCUGCGGAGCCUCCUGGCCUGGCUGGCCCUGCUGCUCCUGGGGAGGAUGGACCGCCUGGCCGACGCCUGCAGCUGCUCCCCGGUCCACCCGCAACAGGCGUUUUGCAAUGCAGAUGUAGUGAUCAGAGCAAAGGCUGUCUCUGCAAAAGAGGUGGACUCCGGUAAUGACAUUUAUGGGAACCCCAUCAAACGCAUCCAGUAUGAGAUCAAGCAGAUAAAGAUGUUUAAAGGCCCUGACCAAGACAUUGAAUUCAUCUACACGGCUCCUUCCUCCGCAGUAUGUGGAGUGACGCUGGAUGUUGGUGGCAAGAAGGAAUAUCUCAUUGCAGGGAAAUCUGAGGGCAAUGGCAGAAUGCACAUCACUCUGUGUGACUUCAUCGUUUCUUGGGAUUCCCUCAGUGCUACCCAGAAGAAGAGUCUCAACCAGCGUUACCAGAUGGGCUGUGAGUGCAAGAUCUCGCGCUGUCCUUCCAUCCCUUGCUAUGUCUCUGCUCAGGAUGAGUGUCUGUGGACUGACUGGGUGACGGAGAAGAACAUCAAUGGGCGGCAGGCAAAACACUAUGCCUGCAUCAAGCGGAGUGACGGUUCGUGUGCGUGGUAUCGUGGUGUGGCUCCUCCUAAGCAAGAGUUCCUUGACAUUGAGGACCCCUGAGUCCCCAGGGUCAUGGCAGGUCAUGGCAUUCCUGUAGCCAAUAGCAACAAA